CAGACAAACUACUGCAGUAUACAAUAUAUUGUAAAUCUCACUAUACAUAUCAGCGCACUCUAUCUAUGACUGUUCUACGCGUACGAAAGGCCAGUCGGCCCAGUCUAUAAAGUCUAUCAUAAUUUAUAUAUUUUAUAUUUUUAAUUUCAGUAUAAGCCAUAAGGCAUAAAGUCCGUGUAGAAUGUUGGUAUCAGCUAAAAUCGUGGUUACUUCAGUUUGUUUUGUAUUAUUGAUUGAUAAAUAAUAUCAAUUGCAAUUUGCAAAAUUUAGUAUUUGGUAGUUAUUGUUUGUUUCCAAUAUAAUAGUGUAAUUAUUUACUAUACUUACUCAUGUCUAUGGGAGAAACGAUAAACUGAUAAUGGCUUUAAUGGGUGAACAGAUUGCUGGUACUCAAAGGCAACCAGCAUAUGUACGCUUUCAAAACAACACCUGCUAUAGAAUUGAAAUAAAUUGGAUAAAUUAUCAAAAGAAAGAACAAACUUACUGCAUUUUAGAUCCAAAAAAAUUUGUAGAUGCUAACACAUUUUCUACACAUAAAUGGGUUUUUAGGGAAUAUGCAUCAAAGUGUCAGAUGGUUGUUGCUGGAAGAGAAGUAUUCGUUGCAACACCCUGGGUUGAAGAACACAAGAGACUUGAAUUCAAACACCCAAUCAAUGUACCAUUAAGAACAAGGGUUAUAAUUGAAAUGACGGUUUUGGACUUACGACAACUAUGCUUAUUAAAAUUAUCUUACUUACUGAAAACUAAAGAGGACAUAAUGACGUUGGAAAUACCUAAAACACUUCAAAACGAAUUAAUAGAAAUGAUAUCAAACAUUGAAACUUCAUGACUUAACUAAUAGUACAUUUUUAUUUAUAUUUCCUUGUUUUACUAUUUUAUAAAUUAUUAAAUGUAAAUAAUUUUGUUAUGUUAACAUUAUUAAAAUAUAGUGAAAACAUUAAGUUGAAAUCUCUUGCACAGUUGUAUAUAAGCCAGUCGUAAUGAAAUAAAUCUGUUUGUUUUAAAAGGUUAUGCUUCUUGUCAAAAAUAUUCCUAUGGGCUGUGAUUGGUAGAUGUUUAUAUUCAUAUACAUAUAAGAUAAAAUAAUAGUUUUGAUAAUAUUUGUGGAUAAUAAAUGAAUUAACAUUA